UUGUGAGGGAGAGCAGAGGGGUUUGUUUAUUGUUCCAGGGACAAAAGUGUGGGUGAGAAUCAUAAAAGCAUCGAGGGAGAUUAAACUACACAGCACAUCAGAGAGACUGAGCGCGAUACGCACACACAUACUCACAUGGCAGCUGCCUCCGCUGUUGAUUGGCUAGGACAGUUGCCACAACGCCUCAGAGGUGUGGAUGUGAAGAGCAGUAACCUCAGGAGACUCCGGCCAAAGGUCACACCAGGUUGCUAUGACUGCUGCAUCCGCUGCCUGGGCGCUGUGCCCUACACCAGCUUGGUGGCCACCCUGCUCUGCUACGCCGGCGUGGGGCUCUUCUGCGGGGCUGGCCAUGAGGCACUCACUCAUACACACACCUUUGUAGAGCUCCACUUCGCAAGGGACGUCCAGGACUUCACUGUCAUGGCAGACUUUAUAAAGUAUUUCCAGUAUGUGAUCUACGGUCUGGCCUCCUUCUUCUUCCUCUAUGGACUGCUGCUGCUGGCUGAAGGUUUUUACACCACCAGUGCAGUAAAGCAGACGUUCGGGGAGUUCAGGAGCACACAGUUCGGGCGCUGCAUAAGUCUCACUUUUAUAAUCCUGACGUACGUGCUCGCUCUGAUCUGGCUGAUUGUGUUCGGCUUCACGGCUGUUCCUGUGCUCUUCUUCAUUAAUAUGAAAAGCUCCUGUCACACUGUUAACGUCCUGUCAGAGACCACCUUGUUCAACCAGCAAUCCAGGGUCUGCAUGGAUGCACGCAUGUAUGGAUUUCUUUCCUGGAAUGCCAUGCCAGGGGUUGUUUGUGGAAAUGCACUGGCCAACAUAUGCAAAGCACCAGAGUUCCACGUGACCUAUGACCUUUACAUCUGUGCUUUCGCUGGAGCAGGAAUCACCCUUCUUGCCCUGUUCGUUUACAUGGUCGCCACCACCUACAACUACGCUAUUCUGCGGUUUCUAGGAAGGAAGGGAAUCCGUUGCUAGGUUCAGUUUCUACGCCUGCUUUCCUGCUGCUGCGGUUUCAGUGUCUUCACUGCGGCCGGUGAGGAAACGCAAACGAGCUCCAUGAAGCCCCUGCAGAGUUCUAGCUUACAGAGAACAAACACACACAAACCACUGUAUUCACAAACCAAAGGACCACAAACUGAACACACACAAAAACACUGAUCAAUAGAUGCAAAUAAAUUUGUUAAAGCACAACACAUAAAAGACUGUAGCGUAGAUCUCUGGCGGAGUGGAAUCUUGCUUCUGUAUUUCUUCACUCGUUUCCUCUCGCUGUGUCUUUAUUAGACCGCUCUCAUGGCCAUUUAUUCAUUUUAAUGAUUGUAUUCAUUGUGCUUCUUGGUCAUAUUAAUGCCUUGCAGUUUGCCAGGAUUUUAGCUUUUCUCCACUCUCUUUCUUUUUUAGACACACCCACACACACUACACGUCUUUUUGAGAGAGUGUGAUUGUUGUCAGAUGUAGGUUUGCAUUGUGUGAGACACAGAGAACUCAUUAUUUACAGACACUAAUGUUGGUCCUCCUGUGUGUGAUUGUAAGUUUGUGAGUGGUUUUGUUGUAUAUUUUGACUAACUUUAGCAGUAUGCUGAACCUGAUCAAUGAUGGUGCUCGGUCAAAACAACUAAUCAUUUUUUAUUGUUCUGACUCGUUUUAGACAACUAAAAGUUAUUUCUAGAGUACUCUUGUGAAUAACUGUAUGUGAUUAAUACGAAUGUAGAAUUGAAACUAAAGUGAGUUUACAUAAAAUCUGUGUUGACUUCUUUGCAACUCAUGCAAUAAACUUUAAUUUCUUUUAAUGAAG